AUGGAAGAAGUUGAUAUAAACAUACCGAAGAUCCUUUCUUCACUCAAUAUGGAUGCAGACGCAGAAAUUGUCUCAAAGUUGGCUAACUUUGAUUGCAAUAGUACAGAUGAUAAUGUAAUGGAAAUAUUACAUAGUAUAAAUGGAAUUGGAUAUGAAAUUGAUGAAAAUGUUUAUUCUUUACCGAGCAUGUCUGUGAAUAGAUUGAAUGAACGAAAAAAACAAAUAAUUACAAGUCAUCAUGAACUUGCCCGUAGAUAUUAUGAUAGUCUGACAUUUUCUAAAAAACUUCAAAAAAAAUUAUCAUUAUUAAAUAAGUUAUAUGAUAUACUUCAUACAAAAUACUACUUAUCUAAGGAAGAUAAAAGUGUUCAAAUAUUAAUGAUACCUCAAAAUGCUGUUGAAGAGACCAUAAAGCCAGUAGUAAAAUUAACUGGACAACAAGUACUUAUACAAUUAACUGUGAAAACAGGACUUACAAUGUUUUUCACAUUGUUAAGACAAAGUUGGGAAAAUAAAAAUUGCAAUGACAUGAAUAUGGGUUUAGAAGUACUUAAUACUGCAUUAACACUGAUGAGAGAAUUAAGUCCACUUUCUUUAGGUAGUAAAGCUGAACUACCUCAACUUGGCUUAGAUUGUUUAGAUAAUGUAACGCAUUUUGUAAAAGAAUGUUUAAAUGCUGAUUUCAUACAAAAUAUGAAUGUUAAAGAACAACUUGCAGAAUUAUCAUUAUUAUUAGCUUAUCAGCGAGAAUCUCUUAUUUAUUUAUUGGAAUGGAUUGAUAUGGCUUUAAAUAUUGAUGAUAUUUGUUUGCCAUUUGAAAAACUUUAUCGAGUUUUGGAAGAAAUGUCAUCGAUAUUAACUUUUGCCUUUGGAUCGGAAGAAUUUGAAAAUUAUAAAUCUAGAAAUCGUAUACCAUUACAAGAUGUUGCUUUAUUGUUAAUGAAAAAACUUGUUAGUUUUGGAGAAACUUCUGUUGUCCGUACUCCAUUAAAUCAGAACUCUGCUGAAUUACCACAACCUCUAAGUGAAGUAUUUAUGUGGGGGAGUAAUUCUUCAAAUCAACAUGCGGAAGGAGCAACAGAAGUAACGGAUAUACCACGACUCGUUAGAUCUCUAUCAGAUGUACAACAAGUAGAGGCAGGACAAUAUUGUACAUUUAUUAUAGAUACAAAAGGUUGUGUAAGUGCUUGUGGAAAAAAUAGUUAUGGUCGCUUGGGAUUAGGUAACUCAUCUAAUCAACCAGUCCCUAAACGUAUUAACAUCAAUUGCAAAAUUAAACAAGUAUCUUCAUCAAAAGGCUGUGAUGGUCAUUCAUUAGCCUUAAGUGAUACAGGAGAAGUAUAUAGUUGGGGAGAUGGUGAUUAUGGAAAAUUAGGACAUGGAGAUGUUGCUACACACAAAGAACCAAAACUAAUCCAAGGCCCAUUUAUUGGUAAAGUAAUAGAAUUAGUUAGUGCUGGUUAUAGACAUAGUGCCGCAGUUACUAGUGAUGGACAACUAUACACUUGGGGUGAAGGAGAUCAUGGUCGAUUAGGACAUGGUGAUUGUAAUCCUAGAUUUAUACCUACACUUGUUAAAAGUUUAAGUGACAUGCCAGUGGGUUAUGUAGCUUGUGGUUCAACUCAUACGUUGGCUUGUUCACGUGAUGGAAAUACCGUUUGGUCUUUUGGUUCUGGAGAUAAUGGAAAACUUGGUCAUGGUAAUACAAUAAGAUUGUAUAAGCCACAAAAAAUUGAAGGAUUGAGACAUUACAAAAUUAAAAAAGUAGCCGCUGGAAUACAUUUUUCUGUUGCAUUAACUUGCACUGGUGAAGUAUUUACUUGGGGCCAAGGAUCAAAUCUUGGAUGUGGCUCAUCAGAAAUUACUCUCUUCUCACCAGCUGUGGUUGAAGAUCUUAUGCAACAAAUGAUUAUCGAUAUAUCUGUAGGUGAUUCUCAUUGUUUGGCAUUAACAAGGAAUUGUGCAGUUUAUGCAUGGGGUUCUAAUGGGAAAGGCCAGUGUGGACAAGGCCAUUCAACAAGUCCUGUAAGUCGUCCUAGCAAAGUAAUUAAUUUGGAAGGUAAACAAAUAAAUCAAAUUUCUGCUGGAACUUCACAUAGUGUUGCUUGGACAACGUUACCACCAGACAGGCAAACAAAUGUAUGGCAUAGUCCUUUCUGUAUUGAUUUACACGAAAGUACAUUUAAGUGGUUAAGACAGUUUAUUGAAAAAUAUUGCGAACAAAUUGAAUCUCAUGAAUCUACACCAAAUGAUAUAAAUGAAGAAAUGUUAAUUUUGAGUCUAAAUAUGCUAAAUAAUCAUUUGUUUUUUGCCCGUGUAUCUGGUCAUAAUUUUUGUAAACUGCUCGGGAAUGAAACUAGUCAGCUUCGUACACUUCUUUUAAAACUUGUAGAUUUGCAAGUAAAAGAAGUAGUAGAAAGAAGUUUAAUGGAUUGCUUAUCUACUGGUGCGUCACUUCUUUUACCUCCAUUAUCUGGGCGUCUAAAUAUUCUCAAAUCUCUUCUUGCACAAGAUACAAAUUUAACUAUAGGACAAAAAUUGCUUUUAGAUGUCACAGUUUCUAGUCUAAAUGAUAAUAGUCAUAUUAGUUCAUUGUUUCGAGUUAACUCUAUGGACCUUUAUGAAAAUCGAUAUUCAUCAAUUGAAGAAGUUAUGAAGCUGCUAUUAAAACAUUUAACAAACAGUACUGUAACUUUGUUGGAGUCAAAUAAUUCCCCUACAUUUAAAAAAGUGAACAAAUUGGAUAUGACACUUACUUCCCUUCAUAAGUUAUUAUUAUCACACUUAUUGGCAUAUAAUAUAAAGUCAUACCAUUUUAGUAAUUCUUGUCUCAGUAUGAACCGCCUUUUUGUUAAUCAUAUGGAAGCAUACUUAUUGUUUGCUAACAAAAUAUUUACAAUGGCCAUUGAUUAUUAUAAAGAUGAACAUCAUGUUUUCUACAACGGUGUUUUAUCUUCAUCAAUAGUUGGAGAAACAAUGAUUAAUACAUUAAAUUCAUUGACAUUUUUACAAAGUGAACACAUUCAACCUCUUAUAACAUCUUUAAUAAAUACAGUUCAAUCACUUCAUACAUUAAACCAAAAAAUGUGUUCAAAUGAUCCUGAAAAGAUGAAUGAAUCUGUAUGGUUUAUUGAACUAGAAUCAGCUUUUUGUUUAUUAAUUGGCCAGUUAAUAAGCUAUGGAGUGAUAAGUUCACCAUUAUGCCCAUCAGAAAUAUAUAAUGAACGUUGGCUAAAAAGCAAAUUGUUUUCUUCAGGAAUUGAAAAAUUAGAAGAUAAAAAUAUAUUUGAUGAUAUAGAAGAUCGAUUGAAAUGUAUUAUUAUUCAAGGGUUCACUGUAUUGGAACAUGAACUACAUUUUAUACCUUUACCAUAUUUAAGUUUAUUAAAAUAUAUACUAUGUGAUUAUGAACAAAAUGAAGAUAAUUCCAUAUUAGCUAUCUGCAAUAAUUUUAAGGAUAAAUAUGAAAGUUUCUUAAAAGACAAUAAAUAUAAUAUGAUAGCACGUUUAACAUUACCAUUGUUUUAUAUUACAUUGAUAAAAAUUGAUGGUAGACCUCUCAAAGACUUAGUGUUUAAUAAAAAACUUGUUUCUUUUAUAAAUGAAAUUUGUAUGAAGAUGUUUUUUGCUAUUGUUAAAAAUAAUACUGAAAAAUCUGCCACAUUUUCUGAAAAUAGUUCCCCGAAUUCUGUAAUGGAUGAGUACCUGUGCUUAAAUAUUUCUAGUAAAUGCUGUUUUUUGUUGACUGCAGUUCGUGGAAUGCAUAGCGAUCCAUCAUUACCUAAUAAACAUCUUUUGAAAGAUGAUUUGACUGCUGCUAAUAAAUCAGUAUUAGAAUCAGUUUUAGAGUUUGUUUUUGAUUCUAAACAAGCUACCAAUCCGUAUGCAUUAAUACAAGCAUCAGAAGUAGAAGAAAUCAGAGCACAUGAUCGAUUGGCAGCCUUUAAUCGCAUUACAAAAAUGUUGAAAAUUAUUGAUUUUGUACAAGACUCAUCCAAUCAUAUCUCAUUGAGUCAUAUGUGUAAGGUAUUUGAGGCAUUUAUUUGUGGUCUUUUGGAGUUGUACCAGUCACAAUUAAUCGGACAUCAUAUUAUUGAUCAUUAUUAUUCAGCUAUUAAUACAGUUCCAAGAUCAAUUAAAAGACAGAUUCAAAAUGCUGUUCUUAAUAUUUACAAACAUUUUGAAAUAUAUUUAAGGAUGAAUGUUGCGACAUCAGAAUUAUUUUCUAUUCAAAUAUGUAUUCUUUCAUUACUCAACAUGCAUUUUACAUCAUCAGAUUUCGAGUAUUUACUGUCAAAUAAUUUACCUGAAAUGUUGGUUAGUACUUGUAAACUUCAUGUUCCAUUUAUGUCUACUGAUCGAUACUCAUUAGUAAUAGUAAAAAUGACAAGUAAUAUUUUAUACAUUUUGGCAGUAUCUGGAUGCAAUGCAAAUUCUAGUUUUGAAAGUAUUAGAGCCGUUUUUGUGAACGUACAUAAUCUUUUAGACAUACUAAUAAAUUCGAGACAAUGUUCUAUUAUGGAACAAACUUUUUCUGAAAAUCCAAAUAAUAUGCUAAUUGAAGGGAUAAAUUCACCAGAUUCAUAUCCAGUGCAAAGUUAUAUUUGUGAUUUAUUAUCGUUUGUUUUACAAUGCACAUCAUUUUCUCCUUUGUGUAUAAGUUCUCACCAAUGGACUGAAACUCUUCUACGCCUAGCUCAAUGUUCUAGUACUAUGUUUUUAGCAGAACAUUUUCGCUGCAAACUUUUAAUUUUGAAAUUAUUACGUCAAAUAUUGCCCUAUUUGAAAUCAUCCAACAGUGGUCGUAAAAAAAUUGUGAAGACACUUUUUGAACAAUUGGGUACUAAUAUGUGGUUAAUUCCACAAAAAGUUGAAAAUAUAACUGCUUACUUGAAACAAGAAGACUUAGAUAAACAAAUGGGUAACAUAUGUUUAAAUGAUUCAAAUGAUAGUAUGAGUAAUCAUAAUAUUGAUAUUGGUGAGUUACCAUUUUCAUUUCAUGAAGAAAAGAGUUUCAAUUGUAUCAUUGAAAAUAGUCAUACAGUUAUCCAUGCUCAUGGUGGAAGAGCUUAUGCUCUUGGAUCUACUCCUUUUGAAAAUGGUAUUUAUCAAUGGAAAUUUUUUAUUUUGAAAGAACAUAAAGGCAACGAAGGUUCGUGUAUUGGAAUAUCAAGAUAUCCCAUUAAAGAUCAAAAUUAUAGAACCACUUCUGAUAUGUGGCUGUACAGAGCGUAUAAUGGUAUUUUAUAUCAUGGUGGUCAAAUAUCUCUUGUACUUAAAACAUUUACUCAAGGUGACUACAUUACAGCAAUUUUUGAUACUGAAUCAAGAACUCUUAGUUUUGCUAAAAAUAAUGAUUAUCCAGUCGUAGCAUUUCAAAACAUAGAUACCAAAACAAAACUUUAUCCUUGUGUAUUAUGUUACAGUACUGCCGCUGGACAAAAAAUUAAAAUAAGUGAUUAUAGAGCCGAACGAAAUAAAAACACUGAACUGUUUGUUGGAGAACCUUAUUUAGCACCCAUGUUUACAUGUAUAACUGAAAAUUAUAUUGCAAUAAUACGAAUAUUGCAUAACACUGAUCAGUGGUUAAUUGAGGUGAAUGAGUGUAUCUUAGAACAACUUUCAUUUUUAAAAGGAGUUCUUCCUGAAGUACAUUUCAAAGACAGAAUAUUAGAUAUAUCUGGAUCUAUUCAAAAAGAACCAAUUUGUGAACAUAUUGAAGAGGUCGAUAUAAAUGCAUUAUGUGAAAAAGUUUGGCCUGCAUUAGCAGUAAUCGGAGGCCUUGAUCGUGGUCUAAGAGUAGAUGGAAGAUGUUAUGAUUUGGAUCAAAAAUCAUUUGGUACCAUAUUGGGAACUUUAAAAAAGGGUUUCACUACAGCAAAAGUAAUGCGAGAAGACAAAAAUGAUACUGUCAGUGAUGUAUUAUUUCAAUCAUUAUUACCGUGUAAUAAUAUUAAAUUUAAUCCCACACGGUUGGAACAUAUUCCAUCGUUAUUAUUGUAUUCUAUUGGGCGAUUGAGUGGCAUCACAAAUGAAUUGAUGCCUCCAAAUAACUCUCAAGUUAAUAAAACAUCUGAUAAAUGUCAUGAAGAAAAUGCUGUUGAUUCAUUGGAUUUGUUCUCUAAUCUAAUGGUUAUGAAUAUCUUAGAUCAGUUAUCAGAAAUAAAUACUAACCCAUCUUCAAGUAGUACAAAAGAUUCAGGAGUAAACACUUCAACCAAGGAUUCUUAUAACGUUUCUCUAGCUGAUGAAACUAAACUAUUUAAACUGUGCGCAUUACAGACUACUGCAUUAAAGAGUCUUGAAGUUAUAAUGACUAGUUCUAUGUGUGUUGAUAUAUUAGUCAAUCCCAUUUCUUCAAAGUCGAAACAAUCAACAGACGCUAAUAAAAAUGCAAUCUGUGAUAAUAAAAAGAAACGUGAUAACAUUAAGGAAAAUGAUGCUAUGAAUAACAUUCUAAUGUUUCUUUUCAGAUGUGCUUUUGAAAAAAGUUUAUGUUCAAAGUAUUUAGUUAUUGAAACAGAUAUGAUGGAAUCUGAAAGAAUAUUAAACAUACUUUACAAUAAUUAUCUCAAAGAAUGUGCUGAAAAUAAAUAUAAAAUACCAGAUUUACAAAAUCGUUUAAAAACUUUAAUAAGUUUUCAAGAAAGUACUACUGUGAAACGAAGAGAAUCUAUUUCCGGGGAGACAUCUAGAACUGCUGAUGACACUCCAAGAAGAAUUGGAAGAUCUCGGCGUAAUAUGUUACAUCGAUCAAACACCAUAUACAUAUGUCCUAAUAGUACGAAUAAUACAAAUAAUAUUGUUCCUAGCGAAAAUAGGGAACGAAUUCCAUCCAUAGCAAUUCCUCUUAUCGAAAUGGGAUUUUCUACUAGGCUAGUUCAAAGAGCUAUUGCUGCCUUAGGUAACAUUUGGGAAACAAUGCCACGGAAUGUAGCUAUAAAUAGUUUGGCAACUUGGAUGAUAGAACAUCCAUGCAUACAAGAAACUAAUUUUGCAAGCUCAGAUAGUAAUACAGAAACUAGACUACUGCAUCCUCCAGCUGUAAGAAUGCCAUAUUAUGGCUCUCGUUCAGAACAUCCUCUUGAUGACAGUCCUUUAGAUUUAGCUCCAAGAAGACUGAUAGCUCCUAGAAGACGUCUUAGAGAACUAUCUACAGACCACACAAUCUAUAGAACUCCAAACUUACUGGUAGAUGAUGAUAUGACUGAUGAUCCUAUGAACAGAGCCAUUGCAAGCAUGGUUUCAAUUGCUUCAGAUGUGGAGCAACCUGAAUCUCCGUCGGAAACUCCUCCACGUAUACAUACUCCAAAUUUAGAAAAUGUAGAAAAUGUAGAGAUAUUCAAUCCUUUUCCACCUCGUAUUGAUGGUGUGGUUUUGCCUUCAACGAACCGAAACUCAGGAUUCAAUGUUACAGAGCUUCGAGUACCGACCGAGAUAAUUGAUUCUGAACCAGAAAGUUCACAAAUACUUAGAUCUCCUGUUAAUGCCUCUUGUGUAAAUUGCCAAGAAAAAAUUGAAAAAUUAAUAUCUUCUGAUUUUGUUAAACCCAAAAAAUCUCUAACAUCCGAUUUCACUCAAGUUUCUAAAUUAAUGGAUCAUUAUAAUUAUCUUGAUAAGCCAUUUGAUAUGGAUAUGAUCUUUGAACAAUUGAACUCCUGUAAAUUUAAGCCUGAGAGUGUAGAAGAUAAUAGCAUGGACAAACUUGGAAUGGAGGUUGUUCCAUCCCUCACAAGCAUUGAGGGUGGUUCUCAAAAAAUAUCUCAACAUUCUCCUAUAUUUAAAUAUUUGACCUUGGAGGCGGCAUUUAUGACAUCAGCAGAAGAACGUACAAAAGCUAUUAAUCGAGUAUUUCAUACUAUGUCACACUUAGUAUCUAGAAAUAUUGUCAUAAAUAUUUUAAUGUCACUUAUUCACUGGACAUUUGAAAGUGAAGAUAUAGUUGCAUGGAAACUAGAUAAGCUUGGUUUUACAAAUGUACCCAAAAUAGUGCAAUUUAUACGACUUCUACUUAUUAUGAAUGUUUGGACUGAUAGAGAAUACAACGAAAAUGAAAUGUUGCCAAAUAAAUUAGAAAAAAAUGUUCUAGGACUAUUAUCAAACAUAAUAAUAGCAUUAGCUGAACAUUUUCGACCAGCUUAUAAUUAUGCAAUAUCCAUACCAGUUCAAGAUAUUUUUACCAUGGCAAGUGAAGGAAAUUUAAAAAUGCAACAUAAUAUAAAAGUUACCAAAUUAAUUGUAAAUGAAUUUGUAAAAAAACUUAAUAUAUUUUCAAAGCAUGAUGAAACGGGAGCAUUAAGUCCAAUUGAAAACGAUAAUAAACCAUCAGUUAAAAUGCUUAUUAAUGCAUUAUCUGCAUGUUUAUUGUCUCAUGUUGUUAGUAAUGAUAUUAAACAUUGGGCUUGUAAGCAACUAGUAAAUAUAUUAGUUAAUAAAUCUCUACAUAGAAAACAAUUAGUUUUACCAAAUGAAUCUGAUUUUCCGGGUGCAUUAAAACGACGUCCAAUAGUGAAACUGGAAGGUCACCAGAACCGUAUAAAUCAUGUAAUAUGGCAACCGAAAGUAAAAUCACUUGCAUCUUCUGGAUUUGAUGGAACUAUGAGGUUAUGGAAUACUGAAUUAAGCUUAGAGACGACACUUAUGUUUUUUAAAUCCACACAAAUCUAUGGUAAUGAUUUAAAUGGAGAAUUGAUAUCAAAGCUUGCAUGGUCACCUUCUGGAUUAUGUAUUGCUGCAUCAAUGGAAGGAACCCUUAAUAUUUAUACAGUUCAAAGACAUGUUUUUCAAGAAGAUGAAACUUGCUUAUCAACAUAUACUCAAGAUGCUUGGAUAACAGCUAUAGCAUGGUCUGGAAUUUCAAUAAAAAAUUCUUAUAAUUUCUAUCCUCAGUAUUUGUUAGUUGGAGGUGUUGAUGGUUCUGUGAAUAUAGCUAUUGUUGAUUCACUUAAUAAAGUCAUGUAUGAGAAACUUGAUAAUUUUUGCCGACCUGGAGUUCCAGUUUCUCAUAUAGCAUGGCAUGAUGAUUUGGUUCCAUUUGCUAUAGCAUUUUCUUCUGGUGUCAUUACAGUGGGUAAUAUUCAACCAAUAACUGAAUCUCAGACAUUAACAAUUUGUGAAAGUCCUAUAUCUACACUGCAAUGGUCUAAAAUGUUUGACAUACUGUCUGUAAGCAAUGUAGAAGACACAACCAUUAGACUUUGGAUUAAAAAACAAAAUAGUUGGGAAAUAUUUCAUAAACUGAAUCAUUCAAAUGAGCCUACUUGUGUGGUUUGGUCACCUGUUGUGGGUAAUAAAGGACUGUUACUUUGUGUUGGUACUGCUGUUGGUUCCAUUAAUGUUUGGUUAAUACCUACUCCAUUUUCUAAAUUAAAACCCAGAGUACUAUACUCAUUCCAAGGACACAUGUUUAAUUCUGUUACUUCAAUGAGUAUCCACGAGAGUGGCUUAGUACUGGCAACAGGUUGUAGCAAAGGAAGUAGUGGUGUAGUAAAUAUUUGGUCGCUCUUUGAUGGCAGUUUGUUGAACACGCAUACUGGAUCCGGUGGUGUAGAUGAUUUAUGCUGGAUGGAGGACCAACUAGGACUUGCUGUUUGUUUUGCUCGAUCAAAGGAUGUAACCGUCAUAAAGUUUAGUGCUGAUAAUCUUACACAUAAUCGAUUUAAAUCAAAUGCUCGAAGUGCUUUGUAUCGUCGUGGACUCCAUAAUGUUAAAUACUUUCGUAAAUUUGUUAACUCAUUACCUGACUUACUUCAAUUGCAAAUGAACCAUGAGAAACACAAAGUGCUAAUGGGAGAUCGGCUUCUAUAUAGUGAUUAUUUAAAAGGACUCAUUGGGAUUGCACUGGAAAUUUGGCCAGAUCAAACGUUUAGUUUUACAUUUGUACCACCAAAUACAAGUCAUAGCAUUGAAUUUCACGAAGAAUGGCAAUGGCUACAAAGAUUAAUCACAGUUUUGAAUACUGCUAAAGCCUUAUUAACAAGAAAGAAUUUCCCUGAGACGUUUAUAAGCUACUUUUCAUCUGGUUUGAAUGAAGAAAAUGAUGAUCAUAAUUUAUGGUCUGAAGCUAUUAGCAACAAUAAGUGGACUAUAGAAGCUGAUCAGCAAAUUAUUCAAUGGUUUAAUACAACUCCUCAUGAUUGGCAACCAUAUACCAAAUGUGAUGCAUACCUUUGGGGUAAUGGUCGAAAUGGACAAUUGGGUGAUACUGGUAUAUUAUCUGUUGGUCAAUGUAUUAAUAUAUGGUCACCUAUUAAAAUUCAGAAUUUUAAAAUUGCUCAACGUAUUGUUUGUGGGCAAAACUGCACUUUUGUUUUGACUAGUCAAGGAACAGUGUUAUCAUGUGGCGAAGGCAAUUAUGGUCGUCUAGGUCAUGGACAUUCCGAUAGCCUUCCCAAUCUAACCAUGAUAUCAGCUUUACAAGGAUUUGUAAUAACUCAAGUAUCUACAUCUAUUGGUUCGGAUGGACAUAGCUUAGCUUUGACAGAGACUGGAGAAGUCUUUUCUUGGGGAGAUGGUGAUUUUGGCAAACUAGGACAUGGUAACAAUGAGCGACAGAGAAAGCCAAAACUUAUUGAAUCUCUAUAUGAUGUAGUAGUUAUUCAAGUAGCCUGUGGACAUAAACACAGUGCUGUAUUAUCCCAAGAUGGUGAAGUUUAUGUAUUUGGAAGUGCUGAACAUGGUAAAUUAGGUUUAGGCGGACAUAUAAACAAAAAACGUCCGACAAAAAUUGUUCAUAAAGGUUUCUUGAAUAUAAAAUACAUUGCAUGUGGACAAAAUCAUACUGUUUGUAUUGGAGAAAAUGUUGUUUGGGCAUUUGGGGAAGGUGAAGGUGGUAAAUUAGGAAUUGGAAGCAAAAAAGAUAUUUAUAUUCCACAAGCAAUCAGUACACUAAAUGGAAAAAAUAUUAAGAAAGCAUUCUGUGGAAAUGGCUUUACAAUGUUCCUUUCAGAAGAUGGUGAACUCUAUUCAUGUGGAUCGGAUAAUUUACAAGAUACAACAGAUGUUUUAUAUACUGAAAAAUUGAUCCCUGAAAAAAUAUAUGAAUUCGAAAGCCAAAUUGUUACUGAUGUUGCUACAGGUCCAGAUCAUGUAUUAGUAUUGACUGCUCGUGGUGAUGUAUGGGCUUGGGGUAAUAACUGUGAAGGUAUUCUUGGAUUUGGUCAUGAUUUACCUGUCCAAAAGCCUAAUAUUAUUCAAAUUUUAUCUGGCAAAAAUAUCAAACAAAUUGCAACUAGUCGUACUCAUUGUGCUGCAUGGACAGCAGAGCCAUUUUCAAGAGACUCUACAAAUAUUUCUCAUAAUGAUUUACCAACAUCAAUUCCUUACCAAUAUGGAUAUUUACAAGAAUAUAAAAUGGCAUCAAUCGCUGCUAGAAUGAAAUGCUUACAACAGUUUUCAAAUAUUUUGUAUACAUGUUGGCAAAUGAUUCCAUUUAAUACUACUGAAUUUGAUUGGAGUAACAUCAAACGUUGGCAUUGGUUAGCAGAUAAAAGGCUUAAAUGUUUAUAUACAAACAAAAUCAUAAAAUUACCAUUAAUGAAAGUUAUUAGUCGUACAAUGAAUCAAGGUCAAAAUUAUGGUCCUCAAAUAAUUGUCAAACGUUUGAGUAGUAAUGGUACUAGUAUGUGUAUUUUUGAACAAGUUGCCAAACAAAUUGUCAACAUUAAUGCAGAACUACUCAGACUCCCAUCUAGAGCUUGGAAGGUGAAAUUAGUGGGUGAAGGAGCAGAUGAUGCAGGAGGUGUAUUUGAUGAUACUAUUGCCCAGAUGAUGGAAGAACUUCAAACACAGACUGUAAAAUUACUUAUUUUGACACCAAAUGGCAGAAAUGAAACAGGUUAUAAUCAAGAUCGAUUUAUAUUUAAUUCAAAAAUGAACCAUUUUAAACAGCUACAACAAUUUCAAUUCCUUGGAAUGCUUUUUGGCGUUGCUAUUAGAACAAAGAAACCCUUAGCUCUUCCUUUAUCACCAUUGAUUUGGAAAAUGAUUAUUGGAGAAUCAUUAAAUAUGUCAGAUUUAGAAGAAAAUGAUACUUAUUAUGCACAAAAUUUGACAAGUAUACAAAAUAUACAUCAAACUGGAGUUACUGAAGAGAAUUUUGAAGAGGCAAUACCUUUUUUAAAUAUGACUGGUACUGAUUGGAUGGAUAACACUGUGCCAUUAAUUCCAAAUGGCCAUUAUGUAUCAGUUACAUAUUCCAAUAGAUUAACAUUUUGCGAAUUAGCACUGAAACAAAGGUUUCAUGAAAUGGACGAACAAAUAUUAGCAGUGAGAAGAGGUCUUUCUGCAUUAGUACCUCUACCAUUACUUACGUUUCAAACUGCCGAAAAUUUAGAACGUAUGAUAUGCGGACUACCCAAUAUAUCUAUACCAGUUUUGAAAACUAUUGUUAGGUAUAGAGAAAUGGAUGAAAACUCUCAAGUUGUCCAAUGGUUAUGGGACAUUUUAAAUAGUUUUAUGGAUUCUGAAAAAGUGUUAUUUUUACGAUUUGUUUGUGGACGAUCACGCCUUCCAUCUAACUUAUCAGAUUUUUCUCAACAUUUCCAGAUCAUCAAAGUUGAAGAUAAAAAAGAUGGUUUACCCACAGCUCAGACAUGCUUCUUUCAACUGCGGUUAACUGAUUACAGUAGCCGUGCUGUUUUUGAAGAAAAGCUCAAGUAUGCUAUUAACAACUGCCGGACAAUAGAUAUGGAUAAUUAUAUGUUAUUUAGGAAUGCAGAUGUUGACUCUGACGAUGAUUUAGAUAUGAUGAUUCUAUCCUAA